CCCCAACUCGCCAUUCACGCCACCGCCCUCCCCGCCGUCCAUGCUGCCUCAAAUACUGACUAUGGACGCGACAGGCACUGCACCUUCCGUUGAUGCUCCCGUGCCCGCCGGCCUUCCUUGGCUUGCUCUUCUGCGUGUCCCGCGCUUCCAAUCGCGCCGAUCGAUAUCUCCUUCCGCCGUAUACCCCACCAUUGCACGACCCUGAAACCGCCGCCUGAUUGGCAUACCAAUUCGACAUCACCCUCCCUAGGACUUGGACCCUUACCGCGGAUAUUUGGAAGAAGAGGCGGGCAUUGGCUUCUCCGCAACGUGUUGGAUAUUGCAGAAGCGAAUUCGAACUAUUCAUUUUCUAUCCUGCGCAAAAAUAUCAAUUGUCGAAGCUCGGGCGAGCUUAAGGCGUGGCCUCCACCAUGUCUCACCCCGGGAAAGAGGGAAAGGAUGGCCGCAAGCGCCGCAGUAUCUUUGCUCGCACUCCCCUCAGUUCCUUCACGCCAAUCCACGAUAAAGCCGAAAGAGACAAGGACGAGCCUGCAAACCUGCUAAGGAAGCGCAGGACAAACUCGCUACUAACCAACCUCCAGACAUCUAUCCACAUUGGAGAAGACGAUCCUUUCGGAGAUGGAGCAACGAGCCCAGGCUCACCUGUCAGGCCACCUUAUGGGGGCAGCCGGGGCAGCAGCCGAACGUCCAGAUUUGGCUCCCUUCGGUCUCUAAGAUCUCUUGACGACUAUGAAGAAGCCCGGACGCCUACUUCAAUCAAAACACCAUCCGUAAAUAUGAGUCCGUUAGACGACACGUUCCGCAACCGCCAUGUUUUGCACCAUGGGGAAGUUCAGACAAGCAGUUCCAUGUUCAGGAAGAAGAAAGAGUAUUUGGUCUUGACAGAAACGCACCUAGUCCGCUUCAAAAGCCACCACAAAGCUUCUGAAACUUUCAGCGCCGUCCCUUCCCCCCUAUCACGAGGACUUUCAAACGUGAACGUUCGUCACAGUCAGAGCCCGUCUGCCGGGUCUCAUGAGUUCAAGUCGGUACCUUCGGAAGCUUCUGGUGACCGUGAAAUGGGCACGCCUCUACGUCAGAUUGUUGCUGUCUACGAUCUCGAUGACGGACGUCCCCAUUUUGCAAUCGAGAUUACUUAUCUCGACGAUGAGACUAAUCAUGCGUCCUCUAUGACACUUCAAUUUGGAGAUCCUGAAGAUAUGAAGCUAUGGCUAGCCGCGAUUCGAGAGGCAGCCAAUCGUGUCCGACUGGCAGAUCUAAACCCCCUGUCUGAUAUGAACUCGGAACUUUGUGCUCGCGUCGUGGAAAGGGAGUUUGACUAUGUACCGCCCAAUUAUGCCAUCUACAAGGUGGUCCAGCGACCACUUGGAAAGACCGGGUCGCGGUCCUCUUCUGACGACCUUUCUAAGGCCAUUAGUACUGUGUGUUUCCUUGCUAUCGGUGUUCACAAGGUACAUCUGAUUCCACUGUUCAGACCUCAACGACCUUCUGGUACCUCCCUGGCCUCUCAGAAUGCCCAGUCAUCUUAUGGUAUCCUCACAAUCACCGAGCUCAAAGUCAGCGAGAAGGAUGAUAGUUUUGAGCUAACCUUUCGGAAACCUCUAGAGAGGCCAAAGGUACUCUACCUAGCAUCGCUCGCUUCACAUGAUAUCGCGGUACGAUUACGGUAUGUUGAAGAGAACAUGCGACCAGAGUGGGAAUCACGUCCGUACACUUUUGACGUUCCUGAUGACGUCAAACGUGAUAUUCUACGAAACAGCAGUCCACACCCGAUAGAUAGCGAGUCCCUUGAUCGUACGCUUAUUGGAUAUUGUAUUGCCUACGACGCCAACCCGGAGAACAUUCGAUACCAAAUAACAUAUCCCGAUGAAGACUCUCCCCGCUUUGAGUUGUUGCCGCCAGAUAAUCGGCGAAACAACCAAUAUACAGCUCUAGAACUUCUUUCGGUCAUGCGAGCCCUGCGCUAUAACGAAUCCUUUUGCGGUCUUACUUUCAAAGACGUCCACCUGGAUGUUUUAAACGGCCUCGAGGAUAGAUAUGGAACCGAGCACGUCUGUAUCAAGACCAAACGUGGAACACUCGUUCGAAUGGACGUAGAAGAGCUUGAGAGAUCCUGUCUUCUUGUCCAGGAAAUUCGCGCGAUGGCAGUCACUAGCCGAAAGUUAAGGAGAAUGGACUUUUCGUCUUGCAUUUCAAGGAAACCUCGGAAUUACGAAGACACGGGAAACAAAGACAGGGAUAUUGGAUGCGGGAUUGUGGAAGCCCUAUUCCCGUUAUGCAAAUAUCAGACGACUAAUGUUGAUUGGAUAGCUCUGAACAAUAUCGAGUUGGGCGAAACGGAUUUCGAUUAUUUGGUCGCGGCAGCAGUGGAAAGGGCCUGUCACUUCCGUGCACUCGAGCUGAGCGGAUGUGGGUUGACAGAUCGAACGCUGUCUCUUCUGCUUGACUCUCUGCGACCGCAAGAGAAUACUCUUGAGGCUAUCAACAUCUCACGGAAUCCUUUCCGGCUCUCACCUGCCAUAUUUGACUCUCAGAUUGGGUCUUUCGCAUACAUCACGAAGCUCAACCUCGCACACGUUGCAAGGACAUCAGGAUCAGAGCCACUUAUAUCCUAUGAGACAUUUCGGGUUUGGAGGUUACAAGAGCUAGUACUUAGCGGCACUUCGCUCAACAAUGCAAUGGUCGACUCCAUCGCUUCCUAUCUUCUAGACUACAAACAAUCCAAAGCCCUGCGCGAGCUCCGCCUCGACCACUGCUACCUCACCGGCAAAGACGUCGCCUACCUCAUGCACUCCAUGACCGAAAAGCCCGGCUACGCGCGUGAACUCCACCUCGACGUCAGCGAAAACAACAUCGAGCAGAACCUCGACCAGCUCACGACCGCCAUUGCCAGCGGCCUCGCCCCCUCCAGCCUCACGAUCCGCCUCAUCGAGUUCGAAGAAGAAGCCGAAUUCCGCCAGCUCAUCAUCGCGCUCGCAACCAACCGCACCAUCCGCGCCCUCGACAUCUCGCGCGCCUCGCUGCCCUGUGACGCCGACGACGAGACGUGCCACGCGCUCGAGAUGAUGUUCGCCGAGAAUUCCACCCUCCUCUUCCUCGACAUUUCAGGCGAGGACUCGCGCCUCGAAACCACCAAGCUCGGCGUCGGCAUCAACAAAGCCCUGCGCGGCCUCGAGCGCAACCGCACGCUGCAAACCCUGCACAUCCAGUUCCAGAAGCUAGGCCUGCAGGGCGCAUCCACCCUCGCCGACGUGCUGAAGACCAACGACACGCUGCAGGAGCUGCACUGCGAGAACAACGGCAUCGGGCUCCCCGGGUUUACGGAUCUGGUGAAUGCGCUGCAUAGGAAUACGACGUUGCAGUACCUGCCCGCGAUGCAGGAGUCGCGGCUGACGGCGCUCAAGCAGACGGAGGACCAGGUCAAGCAGAUGCGCGACGAUGGGGGAGUCGAGGCGCCGCGGCGCUCGGCGUCGUCGACCACCGCCAACGCCAUCUCCUCGUCCUUAUCCAAAUUCACGAAAGGGACGAAGUUCAUGACCAUGCCGUCGACGUCGUCGAAAGCGCAGAAUGGCCAGCACCACGGGCACGCGCAUCGGAGGAGUGGUAGUGGUGGGAGGCAUCCGCCGAGUAUGUUGUUGAGUGAUCAGGACAUCAACGCUGCGCUUAGGCUGGUGGAUGAGAGCUGGGGCCGGCAGAUGUAUCGGCUGCAGCAGUAUCUGGGCCGCAAUUGGAAUAUUAAAAUGGGCGUGAGCACGCAGCUGGAGGUGGAUGAGGAGGAGUUUGAGCGGCCAGACACAGCAACAGAUCUGGGGAGAGUUGUCGAGAGGGUCAGGAGUGAGCGGACGCCGACGGCGGAGAAAGAGCUGGAGUUGGGAGAGUGGCUGGUUGGUGGUGAAGGGGAUGACGGGGACAGGGAAGAGUGGGGCGGGACGGGCACGAGGGAGGGGAAGCAUCUGGAGAGGGUGGUUGAGGCGUCCUCCGCGCAGGUGCGGGAGGCGAGCGCGUUUGAGAAGGAGCUGGAGAUGAGUUUUGCGGCGAAUGGGCUGGACUGGGACGGGGGGAAGCGGUUUGGGUAAUUGCGAUUGGGACGUAUGUGAAAAUGGGUUAGAUUUCUGGGUUUCGUGGCGUUUUGGGAUGGCACGGAUGUCUGGAUGGGGCAGGAUGGGGCAGGAUGGGCAGGAUGGAAACGAAACCGUGCUUAUUCUCUUGGGGCCUGCGCGGGGGUUAGGUAUGCAUGUUCGAUACGAUACACCUUUGGUUGCGUUUCUUGUACACAAGCUCUCUUGCGGUUUGCGGCUUUGUAUAUUUUGAUAGGCAUGAGGGAGCGUAGAUAUCAUACAUAGAUAUAACCUUUUACUCGAUGCAUGGAGUCGUAGGUCCCAGUUCAUCCGAAGGUGGAACAGCACACGCGUUUACGACGCUAUCUGGGAAUGGUGGGGCUCGCGGCGUCUCGAUUGAGC